GAAUCUGAAAAGUGUAAACAUGAAGCUGCGUGGCGCCCUCCUGCUGGCCGUGCUGCAGUGCUGCUCGGUGGCGCGGUGCGGCUGUGAGCCCCGCAUGGUCAACAUCGGCGCUGUGCUGAGCCAGAAACGCUACGAGCAGGUGUUCAAGGAGGCGGUGAGCCAAGCCAACACGCUGUAUGGCAAAGACAAGUUCAAGAUGAACGCCAUCUCUGUCACACACAAACCCAACGCCAUUCAGAUGGCGCUCUCCGUCUGUGAGGACCUCAUCUCCAACCAGGUCUAUGCCAUCCUGGUUAGCCAUCCUCCUCAGUCCAACGAUCACCUGACCCCGACGCCUGUCUCCUACACCGCCGGAUUCUACAGAAUCCCUGUGGUUGGCCUGACGACACGUAUGUCCAUCUACUCUGACAAGAGCAUCCACCUGUCCUUCCUGAGAACGGUGCCGCCGUACUCCCACCAAGCCCAUGUUUGGUUCGAUCUGAUGAGGGAGUUCAGGUGGAACCACAUCAUCGUCAUCGUCAGUGAUGACCACGAGGGCCGAGCUGCCCAGAAGAGACUGGAGACGCUGCUGGAGGAGCGAGAGACCAAGACUAAAAACAGGAACUAUGAAACCUUCGACCUACAGAACAUUGACUUCAGGAGAACACCUAAGGCGGAGAAGGUGCUGCUCUUCAGCCAGGACACCAAUCUGACGGCUCUGCUGCUGGAGGCCAAAGACCUGGAGGCUCGUGUCAUCAUCCUGUCUGCCAGUGAGGAUGAAGCGGCGGCUGUGUAUAAAGCUGCCCGGCAGCUCAACAUGACGGGCGCCGGUUACGUCUGGAUGGUUGGCGAGAGGGAAAUGACGGGCAAAGCUCUGAACGAAGCCCCAGAUGGUCUGUUGGGCCUCCAGCUGAUAAACGGUAAAAACGAGUCGGCCCACAUCUCUGACGCGGUCGCCGUGGUGGCGCAGUCAUUGCAGGAGCUGUUUGAGAAGGAGAACAUCACGGAGCCACCGCGAGGCUGCGUGGGGAACACCAACAUCUGGAGGACCGGGCCCCUCUUCAAACGCGUGCUGAUGUCAUCCAAGUAUCCAGAUGGCCUGACAGGACGAAUCGAGUUUAACGAUGAUGGCGACCGGCGUUUUGCCACUUACAGCAUCCUGAACUACCAACAGAAACCAGGUCGCCUUGUUCAGGUCGGAGUCUUUAACGGCUCACAGGUGCUCAUUAACCCUCAGAGGAAGAUCAUCUGGCCCGGAGGGGAGACCGAGAAACCGGUUGGGUACCAGAUGUCAACCAAACUCAAGAUCGUGACGAUCCACCAGGAGCCGUUUGUUUACGUGAAGCCAACCAGGAACGAUGGAACAUGUAAAGAAGAGUAUAGUGUCAACGGCGUUCUUAUCAAGAAGGUCAUCUGUACCGGCCCCAACGGGACCAUUCCUGGACAACCCAUUGUCCCUCAGUGCUGCUAUGGUUUCUGCAUUGACCUGCUCAUAAAGCUGGCCAUGAGCAUGAACUUCACCUAUGAGGUUCACCUGGUGGCUGAUGGAAAAUUUGGAACACAAGAACGUGUCAACAACAGUAACAAGAAGGAGUGGAACGGGAUGAUGGGGGAGCUGCUCGGAGGUCUGGCUGACAUGAUUGUGGCUCCGCUCACCAUUAACAAUGAGCGAGCCCAGUACAUCGAGUUCUCCAAACCCUUCAAAUACCAGGGGCUCACCAUCCUGGUGAAGAAGGAAAUCCCACGCAGCACUCUGGACUCAUUCAUGCAGCCGUUCCAGAGCACACUGUGGCUGUUAGUUGGCCUGUCGGUCCACGUGGUGGCAGUGAUGCUUUACCUUUUAGACCGGUUCAGCCCCUUUGGAAGGUUUAAAGUGAACAGCGAAGAAGAAGAAGAAGAUGCCCUCACUUUGUCCUCCGCCAUGUGGUUCUCAUGGGGAGUGCUUCUGAACUCUGGGAUUGGAGAAGGAGCUCCAAGGAGUUUCUCAGCGAGGAUUCUGGGUAUGGUGUGGGCGGGUUUUGCCAUGAUUAUUGUAGCAUCUUACACUGCUAACCUGGCAGCCUUCCUGGUGCUGGACCGGCCUGAGGAGCGCAUCACUGGCAUCAAUGACCCCAGGCUGCGGAAUCCAUCGGAUAAGUUCAUCUACGCCACGGUAAAGCAGAGCUCAGUGGACAUCUACUUUAGACGGCAGGUGGAGCUGAGCACCAUGUACCGACACAUGGAGAAGCACAACUACGAGAGUGCCGCCGAGGCCAUCCAGGCCGUCCGAGACAAUAAGCUUCACGCCUUCAUCUGGGACAGCGCCGUGUUGGAGUUUGAAGCAUCACAGAAAUGUGAUUUGGUGACAACAGGAGAGCUGUUCUUCCGCUCGGGAUUUGGAAUCGGAAUGAGGAAGGACAGUCCGUGGAAGCAGAAUGUUUCUCUGGCUAUUCUGAGCUCUCAUGAGAACGGCUUCAUGGAGGACCUGGACAAGACGUGGGUUCGAUACCAGGAGUGUGACUCCAGGAGUAACGCCCCAGCGACGCUCACCUUUGAGAAUAUGGCAGGCGUCUUCAUGCUGGUUGCUGGUGGAAUUGUUGCUGGUAUCUUCCUGAUUUUCAUCGAGAUCGCGUACAAACGACACAAGGAUGCGCGCAGGAAACAGAUGCAACUUGCUUUCGCCGCCGUCAACGUCUGGAGGAAGAACCUGCAGCCGUACCCAACGGACAUCACGGGCCAGCUCAACCUAUCAGAUCCCUCUGUCAGCACCGUGGUCUGAGAGGUCCAACAGGAUCCUGGUGCUGCUGCAGCUGAGCCGCGCGCGCACACACACACACACACACACACACACACACACACACACACACACACACACACA